CUGCAAUUUUUAAGUUAUUUACAGUCGGUAGUUUGGCUUCAUUCCGAACCCUAAUUUGUAGUCAGAAUUAUUGUCGAAGAAAUUCCCAAUUUCGGUCAAUCGUAGCCUCUAUUGCAGUUUAAUUAGGUGUGGGGUGGAUGAAUCAAGAUGGAUUCUUUCGGAUUUUUUGCAAGGAAUUGGUGAGAUUUGAAGAUUGAUGGAAAAUUCGAGCCCGUUGGUACUGGAGAUAAGCUCCGACGAGGAGUCGGAUUUCGGGUGCGUGAGGAAAGGAGUCGACGGAGGCGGCGGCGGUGGUGAGUACGGCGAUAAGGAAGAUUGUAAUUGGUUGUCGAAGCUUUUAGAUGAGGUGGGUGGUAAAAACGAUGACGAUUCAGAUGACGUGGUGUUUGUGAGUGAAGUGCUUCCGAGAAACCCUAAGAAAUUAAAAUUGGCUAAAGUGGUUGAUGACGAUGAUGAUUGUGUGGUUUUGGACGGUGACCCGGAUAAACAGAUGGUGGUGUUUAACGCUAAAGCCGAUAAUAACGAUGAUUCAGAUGACCUAGAAAUCGUUGGCGAGAAGGGCGAGGUUGCGUGUCGAGACUUUCCUCAUCCACGGCAUCAUUGCGCUAUAUAUCCCUUCGCUUCUACCCCCCAUGGGGUCCAUUGUGGCCAGUGUCACUGUCAUGUUUGUGACUCACUGGCUCCAUGUUCCCAUUGGGGCAAUGGCAUUUCCAGUAUUGAUCAUUGUCAUGCUAACGAUAAAGAUGAAUACUGGAGAGCUGAGCGAAAGCGUAUGAGGAAAGUUGAUAAAGCUGUGCCAACUAUUCCUAGUAAGUAUGGUACUAUACAGGCAUUCUUCCAAAGAAGUCAGGUUCGAGCAGUCGCUCCACCGCAGCCAAACUAUUUGCCGCAGAAUAAGGUCUUGAAUCCAGUCACGCUCCGUCCUUGUUCUAUUUCAUCCAGUGUUAGUGUGCCAAAUACUGUCAAUCCAGGCGUAGUCCGCCUCUCUGGACGUAUUGCUCCCAGAACGUUAGCCCCACCCCAGUUACACCGUACAUGUAAUAACAAGGUUCCUUCAAGCGGCGGAAGCCGAAGUGCGCAGUCCUUUCCACCACAUGCAGUCUUCAAGCGGUCUGGUCCGGCUGGGGUUUCAUCAAACAAUAUGCAGGCAUAUAGGUCUCAAUUAUCUAGAGAUAAGACGGUUCGGUCAUCACAAACUCCCCUGUUGAAUGUACGUCAUCGUUCGAAUCCGCAACGUGUUUUGGGUCCCGCUGCUCAUUCUGUUCCACACCAGCCUAAUUUGUCGUCUUCUCCACACAACGUGGAUGUUGGUUGUGAAAAUUACUUGCCUUCUCAAUCUCAUAUUCAGUCAGUGCCGUUCUCGAACUCCCUGAUUAGAGAUCCAAUACAUGGCCAAUCUCAGGUGUCUUCUCAACCGUAUUUGAGAAGCAACUUUGCGAGUGCAGUGCCUUCUCAAACCAACGUAGCAUCUCAGCCAAGUGAGGAGAACUUUCAGAGUUUGAUUCUACCCCAGCUCGAUUUAUACCAGCCUAGCAUACCUGUACUAUCACAGACGGCUCCUUCCUACCAGUCAGAUGCUGUCAAUCAUUUCCACGAUCAACUGAAUACAAGUUUGGUUUCCUCUCAUAUGCAUGUCGAUAAUAGCUUUGGGAAUCAGUCUUCUCAACCUGAUGCACAUAGUAAUAAUAGUACUCCCUUAUUUACUGAUGGGCAGAAUGCUUUCCAGCAAGGAAACCACGUUCAAAAUAGCAUUUCUGAGAGUCCAACGGAUUUUGGGUUCGCUUCGGAUUCCUCUAUCGGCCAUGGAAAUAUGCAGAUUCAUGCUGAGGUUUCUCCAUGUCAAAGUGAAGAACCAGCUUAUGAUUCUCAACAUCAGAGUAUAGCAAUAAACAACGAUCACCAUCAAAGUAUAGCAGCUGUAGUCAAUUUCCAUCAAGAAAACGUAGUAACAACAGAUAAUUCCUCGCUAAUUAAUGAUAACGAAAAUCGGUUUCCUGGGAGUAUCGGCCCCGACUUGUUGGACUUUCAGUUUGACAAUUGGAUGUUCGAGAAUCAUUCUUUACCAGCAGUUUUUGAAGUUCCUUUGUCUCCUGUUUGGAAUGUCUUUUCGCCUGAACCUUCUUCUAUAGACACAGACUGGAAAGUAAAUAGAUCUCUGCAUGGUUCCAGAUAAGCGCAAUGUCCCAACCUAGACAAUUAUGAAUUAAGGUUUUGAAUCAUGAAAUUAUAUCAUAAUCUUGACAGUAAAAGAAGUUCAUUCUUUUUCCCUUGUUCUUUUAAAUUCUUAUUUAGUUCUAGUUAAUUGCCAAUUUCAAUGAAGUAUUAAAUCAUUUGUCGGAGAUUCUGUUUGAUGGUUGGAUGUUUGAGAGUAUGUCUUUAUCUGGAGCUUUUGGAUGUUCCUUUGUCUCCUGGUCCGAUAUUUUCUCAGCGGUCUUGCCUCCGCAUUUGCAGUUGCAACGAGUACAAAUUAGUCGAGGAUGAUAGGGAAAUUGCAGCACUCGUGUUAUAUUUGAUACUGAUGUUCUAGCUGAAUGCCUUUGUUGUGUAUGUCAAUCAAUUAUCGGAAUUAUUUGGAUCUUGAAGAUUACAUUUACUUCCGGCGUUGCGUUUGUUUCUUCUGAACGAGCCCGGUUUCUAAAAGAGCUCGAUUUGCUAA